ACAUGUGUUCCAAAUAUAGACUUCGGGGCGACGGUCAAUGUGUUUUCGAAAAUAGACAGACUGAUAGGCAGCUUCUGCUAGUCGCUUAGCGGCCCGUGACACGAAAAUCAUGUGCUGCUGAUUUCGUUUGUUUACGCAGUUGUUUCGAAGUGAAAGUUUACGCAGUGCAGACGGCGAAUUUGUGUUUAUGUUCUUCACGUAGUUUCCAUUCAUAAAAGUGUGUGAAUACUUCCUCCAUCAUGUCGGGAGGGGUUCCAGAAUCUGUAAAGAAGUGUGUAGCCAUUCUCAAGGCGUCCCAGAGCGAUACUGAAAAGUUUGCUGCCCUUUUUAUGGUGACGAAACUUGUUAAAGCUAAAGAUUGCAAUACCGCUAGCAAAAGACUUCUGUUUGAAGCAAUUGGUUUCCCGUUCUUGAAGAGACUGUUGCUAAGCCCGGACGUUCCUGCUGAUUGUCCACCAACUGUUUACAAGUCAGUGGCAUUGUCAGUCUUGUCAAGUUUCUGUUCAGAUCCUGAACUCGCAACUCAUCCAGAGAUGCUUGCUAAUAUACCCGUGUUCUUGGAUAUCGUGCAACAAGCAGAUGAUGACGAUCUUGAUGAUAAUCUGAUGGUUGUAAAUGAGGCAUACACAUGCCUUCAGCAUAUAGCUGCACAUGAACCUGGUCAGAAAGCUUUGCUAGAUGCUGGUGCUAUUUCCAAAAUGUCUGAGAUAUAUUCGCAGCAAAGUUUUCAGACUGAUGAAGCCCUUAGUAUAUUAGUGACUCUUGUUAGCUGUGUCGGGCCUUCUGCAUGGGACAAUAAUCCAAAACCAUUCCAUGCAAUAGUGACUAAAAUAGCGCUGGAUUUUGAGACUGAUCAUAGUGAGCGGAAGUUUGAACUCUGUGGGGUGCUUCAGGCCUUACUGGCUAAUUGCAGGAAGGAAAUAAUUGCUGCAACAGCCACUGAGGAAAUAUGGCCUGGAACUAUUCAAAAAGGAUUGACAGAUAUUUUGUCUAGCAAAAUAGGUAAAUCACAGAGAGACCCUGCUCUUAAACUUGCUUCAGUCAUGGUAGAAAUAUUGGGUGUUGAGUGGACACUGACAGAUGAAGAUAAGCCACGUCAGUUCUUUAUGCUCUUGGUUCAACUUUGCUCAAUUGAGGUUAGAAUGCAACUUGAGGACCAGAAAUUUCAGGCUAUUAUGGCCAAUGCAGAUCUUGUUUCAGCUUGCUUCACUGUGUUAGAAUUAUCUAUUUCAUUUGUAGCUUCAGACACACUUGAACUGGAACAGAAAGAAAAGCAGCAACUGUAUACAGCACUGAAAGGUGCAUUUGCAGCUGUGAUGAAUGUUCUUUUGCAAGUGUCAAAAGACUUUCCUAAAAAUAAGGACACUUUAGAUAUAAAAGCAAAAAUGUUUAUUUGUGCCAUGGUGAGAGUUUUGUCUGCUUGGCUUGCACAAGAAACCUCAGCCAUGAGGAAUGCGGUUUACACUUUAUUGCCUUUUAUGUUAACAAUAGCUAAUGAAACAUUUUAUGCAUACAGAUCAAGAUAUCUGACUGAGAAGGCCCAAGCCUCUCAGUCAGGAGUGACUGAUAUGGCAGCAGCUCAGAAAGAUCCAAUUAGUCAAGCAAAUGUAUUGCGUUUCAUGCUUCCAGCCUUGUGUCAUUUGGCUGUAGAAGAAAAAGCCCGAAAAAUUUUGUUGGAUGUGAAAGAAGAUGAAGUAUUGUAUGAAUCUUUUGCAUUUCAUUGGUCAAUUGUACACUAUAAAAAGCCACCUGUCCCUAAAUCGGAGAGGGGCAAAGCAAAAGGUCCAGAACCAGAGUUAGAUCCAAAAACACUGGAGGAGAUGAAGGAUUCCAGAGCAGCCAUGAUUAGUAUUUGUAAUAUUUUUAUGAAUAUAACUGUAUUAGAACCAAAACUUGUCGAAGAAAGCACUUUGUUUGCCACAUUACUGAAAUUUAUUUUUAAUAAUUUACCAGAACUGAAAAACAUACCAGAAAAUCUGGUCCUUCAUGGCAACAUGGCAGUUCUUGGUCUUUUACUUUUGAAACAACAGGCUAAGAAAGUGAAGAAAAAUGAUUUCACCAUCUGUCGGUAUAUACAAGCUACAAUUCGUUUCUUAUGGGAUGCAUUUAAUGUAGAUGAAUCAAAUGAUGCCACCUCACUUGUUGUUACUAUGGCAUAUAAGAAGUAUUGGAUAGAACUCAUGGAACUGUGGUUUUUAGGAAUGCAGACUAUGAGUGCCGUGUUGGCCCUUGUCCCUUGGAUAUCUGAAUUUGCAAUUGAAAGUGGAUGGGCUCAAGGUAUUAUUGACACACUGAAUAAAGUUAAAACAGGUUCUCUACCAGCAAAUACCAAAGCAGCAUAUGAAGAUUUCCUUUGUCGCCUUGUUGAUGCAAACAACAGUGUUGCAAAAGUCCUUAAGAAACAUGAUGCUCUGUCAGUAUGCAGAACCCACAGAUUUAUGGAACUUGGAAAACGUCUUUUUGGGGAUUAGUUGUCAGUUAC